UUAAUCGGAGGGACGGAUUAGCCCCUAAACUCUCCCCUUUUUUCCUUAUAUAUACGCCUUAGUCUAAACCGGGACAAAACUCUAAAACCGAGGGCACUUGUCCCAUCUUUCCCUUUCGGCCGCGGCCACUCUCUCAUCGGGAUACUCCCCGAUCCACCCACCUCCGCUCCCUUGAAUUCCCCAUCUGGCCAAUCCCGCAGCCUCCUCCCGAUCCACCAGCCAGCCACCACCAAAUCCUCCUCCUUGCCUCGAUCAAGCCCACAAGAGAGGAGCUCCUCCUCUGCUUUCUCCUCGAGGCCGCAACCUCCUCGUCCCGAUGCAUGAGCGACUCGUCGGAGUCCAGUCGCCGGUCCAGGAACCGUGCCUCCAAGGCGUCGUCACCCCGACUGCCUGGACCGCACGCGCGUCAAGUCCGCUCGUCCGCGUCGACCCGCCGCCCCGCCAAAUCGUUGGAGUCCGCUGUGGGAUCCGAACCCCGCUGCUGCAUCCUCUCCAUCCUGCUCGUCCCGCCGGCCUCCCUGUUGCCGCGCCUGCGUCGCCCUGUUUGCCGCGAGUGCAGAUGCCGGUGAAUCCCGCAGGUCACCGCCUCGCCAAGUCCUCGCCUCGCCGUCCAGCGCCUCGAGCCGCGCCCCUUCGUCAUCUCUUCCUUGAGCCACCGCAGCAGGCGGACCUCCGCAUCCAGCCACGCCGCCGGCAAGCCCUGCCUCCUCCACCUCAACUCCGGCCGGAUCGGUUCGGUUCCCCGCCGCCCCGCCAAGUACAGGGAGCCGCCUCUGCUUCGAUUCGGCAGGGAACAGGACCCCGACGACCUCCACCGCCCGGAUCCGUGUCACCCAUGCCGCCAACUUCCGCGUCUACUUCUUCUACCCACGCUGGCGCGCCGCCCUUAGCCAAGUCCACCGUCGCCGGCCUCCGCUUGCUCUGCUUCGAGCAGAGACGAACCUCUGCAGCCGCCGCGCCCUGCUUCUCUGCGCUGAGGACGAGUAGCGGUGCCCGCCUUGACUCCCUCCGUUUUGACCGAGCCGGCCCACCUUUUCUUUUCCAGCAAGGCCGGCCUACCUCUCCAGAUCUGGGCUUUGGCCCAUGUGUUGCUUCUUCGGGUUGGUUCCGAUAACGUCGCGUUUGUGAGGACCCGUUCGACUACGU